GGGGACAGACAGAGGGAGGAACACAAAAAUCCCCCAGACUAAUUUCUUUUCCUCUCGCAUGGACAGUUCUGAGAGGAUGGGAGUUCGCGGGGACAGUCGCGGGUCAUCGGAUGAGGCAGACGCGAGUUCACGCCUUGAGGACAAGACGGUGUCACAAAACAUGUUCAUUGACUCUGAUCUGGAGGAAGGAGGACAUUCGCUGUAUUCUAAUAAGGACAAGAACAAACUCAACCGGUCGAGUGGAUUAAAACAUAAACACCAACAACAGAAGGCCAAGCUGAGCAAGAAGAAUGAAAGCAGACUGAUCGUGAACGGAUCUGCAUCUUCAUUGGCGACGCGAAAAGCCGUUGCCGCAGUGGUGAAAACCUCGGGCACCAAAUCAUUAGCGCCGUCUCAGCUAGGCACACCGUCAACACCGGAGUUACCAUUUCCGCCACCGCAUGCGAUGAUGCCAACUCCGUCGUCGUACAGCGAGACGUUACGACACGGAUGCGUCGCAAAGUCCGAGCAGGAUCACACUUUCCCGAGCCACGGAAGCUUGAGAGUAGCAGACAUGAUCUCAGCAGACUACAACAACAGGGCCAAGGCAGACUUCAGACUCUCUGGGAUAUUCUCCAAAGAGGGCGGCGGGCUGGUUUCAGAGUCCAACGUUCUGGCGUUUUACCAGAAAGCCAUGGGGCUGUCUGCGCGCCCUGGGACACAUUUCACGGACAAUCUUCCGGUCAGUUCAAAACUGAAUCUGACGACUUUCAGUUCAUCCAGGUCACCGAUAAGUCCCGAAAGGAGGAGCCCAGUACAUUCAGCCAUAAGUCCGGACUCGUUCCACAGUCCAACUCUUCGACCGGGUGACAGGGUAGAGGACAGGAGCGACUCUUCCAGCAGGUAUUCACCGUACCCACCCAGAACAUCCACACCUUCUUCGCCCUUGCCGUCACAACAACAGCUUUCACGGACAUCUCCAGUUUCCGGCACCCAAGAAAAUUGUCAGUCCAGCCGAAAAUUACCGGACGUCCACGAAAACGCCUGCAAUACAAACGAGAAAUUAGAGAAACAAUCAGACCUAGUCCAGGGAGAAUCGACAGACUAUUCAGACGUCAAAAAUCCGGCCACAAUAUCAUCCAGCUCCAACGGGUUACCUGAGGGCGCCAACAGAGACACCCCACAGUCUUCGCCCUCUGCUGGAUCGCCACCUGCCUCACCCCAUGCAAUGCCACAGCAACGGACACCGCAUAAGACAACCGCUUUUAGCGUGGCGGAUAUUUUGGAUCCUUCAAAAUUUAACGGGGCCACCAAAACACCCGUUUGGAACCCAUGGCGCCCGGUUGUGACCGGCCUUGCUAACCAUGGACUUUCACAUGUUCACGACGAUCACAAGUCCCCAUUGAAGUCGUUAAGUCAAGGUCUUCACCAUGACGACGACAUAUCAGUCACUUCCUCGCAAGAGAACUUUGACCCUGACGACGACGCGGACAUGUGCGACGAAAACGGCAAACCGCUGGGGGAUGAGGACAGUGACGACGAGAAGCGGAACCUGGACGACAGCGGCAACAACAGCGGGGACAGCAGCAAGCAGGGAAAGCCCAGGAGGGCCCGCACGGCCUUCACGUAUGAGCAGCUAGUGGCCCUGGAGAAUAAGUUCAAGACCACAAGAUAUCUCUCCGUGUGUGAACGACUGAAUCUGGCUUUGAGUCUGAACCUAACGGAAACACAGGUAAAAAUCUGGUUCCAGAACAGACGCACAAAGUGGAAGAAGCAGAACCCAGGCUUAGAUGUGAAUAGUCCGACCAUACCACCGUCAUCUGGAGGGUUCGGAUCUUUUUCUAGCCCUUACUCUAGCAUGCUGUACGGUCAAUCCCUGCACCCUUACCUUCCGUCUGCCGGACUUAUGAGCCCACUGAGCAUACUAAGAGCACAUGGAUCCUAUGCCUCUGGACAAAACCCUGCAGUGUACUAUCCCUACUUCAACCAGACGACGUGAGCUGACCUCCCCAUGUCAAAGUAAGUCUCAGA